UCUAGUCCUAACUUCUAUACCUGCUGGACUGUGUCCUUGGCUUCCUAGCGUUUGCGUCGAGUCCUUGACCCGCACAGGCUCGAUCGGAAUAGGGACACAGAUAACUCAUCCCCUGAACACGUAACGCAAGCAAACAGGCAGGUCGGGUUGCAUUUCCCUCUGUUAGCUCUACAACUCGCAUCGAUCGAUCGCUCCCUCGGAUUCGCCUUCCUUUUACUUUGCAUAUCCUUUCUCUUUGAGUAUCGGAGGCGGAGAGGAAGUUGUAGGGAGAGAUGUGGGUCUUCUAUCUGAUCUCGCUGCCUCUGACGGUGGGCAUGGUGAUUUUCACGCUCAAGUACUUCGCCGGCCCUGAGGUCCCUCGUUAUGUGCUGCUCACCGUCGGAUACACCUGGUUUUGCUCCCUCUCUGUCAUCAUCCUCGUCCCCGCGGACAUCUGGACGACCAUGCAUCAUAGCCAGAAUGGAGGAAUUUCUUUCUUUUGGAGCUGGUCAUACUGGAGUACAUUCUUGCUUACUUGGGCUGUGGUGCCCCUUAUUCAGGGUUUUGAAGAUGCUGGGGACUUCACCGUGAAAGAAAGAUUGAAGACCAGCCUACAUGUUAACUUCGUCUUUUAUUUAGUGGUGGGAUCUAUAGGCCUCUUCGGACUUAUUCUCAUAAUUAUGAUGCAUAAGAACUGGAGUGGAGGUAUUUUGGGUUUGGCAAUGGCCUGCUCAAAUACAUUUGGACUUGUUACAGGUGCAUUUCUUCUUGGUUUUGGUUUGGGUGAAAUUCCCAAAAGCAUUUGGAGAAAUGCAAACUGGACCACACGUCAGAAAGUUCUAUCUCAUAAGAUUGCCAAAAUGGCUGUUAAACUUGAUGAUGCUCAUCAAGAACUUUCAAAUGUUAUUGUAGUUGCUCAAGCAACAUCCAAUCAAAUGUCAAAGCGGGACCCUUUGAGACCCUACAUGAAUGUUAUUGACAAUAUGUUAGCUCAAAUGUUUACACAAGAUCCAUCCUUCAAACCACAAGGAGGUCGAUUGGGGGAAAAUGAUAUGGACUAUGAUACAGAUGAGAAAUCAAUGGCAACACUUAGGCGCCAUCUUCGACGAGCUCGAGAGGAGUACUACCGCUACAAAAGUGAAUAUAUGACAUAUGUCAUGGAGGCCCUUGAAUUGGAGGAUACAGUAAAAAAUUACGAACGCCGUACUUCAACUGGAUGGAAGUAUAUUUCAAGCCUUAGACCUGCUAAAGCUGGCAAAAUAGGGCCCCUCAUUGAUACAAUCGAAUUUUGUUGGCGAUGCAUCCUCAGAAAGCAACUUAAGAAACUCUUAGCUAUCUUACUUGGUAUCAUGUCAGCUGCGAUUCUAUUAGCAGAGGCAACUUUACUGACAAGUGACGUUGAUCUAUCUCUUUUCUCAUUCCUUAUAAAUUCUGUUCGAAAGCAAGAAGUACUUGUGCAGGUCCUUGCAUUUAUUCCUCUGAUGUAUAUGUGCAUGUGCACAUAUUAUUCCUUGUUCAAAGUUGGAAUGUUUAUGUUUUACUCACUAACACCAAGGCAAACAAGCUCAGUCAACUUGCUCAUGAUAUGCUCGAUGGUUGCUCGGUAUGCACCUCCGAUUUCAUACAACUUUCUCAAUCUCAUUAAUCUUGGUGGGCAAGAAACUGAAACUGUAUUUGAAAAGAGAAUGGGGAACAUCGGUCUCAUUCUCCCUUUCUUUGGAAAAACGUUUAAUAAUAUAUUUCCACUUAUCAUGGUUAUAUACACUCUCCUGGUUGCUAGCAAUUUCUUCAACCGUGUGAUUAGUUAUUUUGGGAGCUGGAAGAUGUUUAGAUUUCAAACUGAGGCAGAUGAUAUGGAUGGAUUUGAUCCAUCAGGAUUAAUUAUCCUACAAAAAGAACGUUCUUGGAUAGAACAAGGGGAAAAAGCUGGUGAGCAUGUUAUUCCAUUGGCAAGGAAUUUCAACAGUACUGACAUCGAGUCCAGCAGCAAUAGAACAGAUAAAACGGCUGUUGAAAUGAAAGUGACAGCCAGUUUAAUCGAUGGCGGAAUACGUGAAAGUCCAUCAAGAUCUUCAAAAGAAGAGACUCGUAGGUAUAGCUCAAGCAAAGAAGCCAUUAGCAACAAGUAUGCUGGUAUAAGAGAACAAAGCAGACAAAAAGCAUCAUCCAAUAUGGAGCCAGCGGGGAAGAACAUUGCCUUGGCUAAGGUCUCCUUGCUUGAUUCAGGUAACUCGAGCUCUGUUAACACUACAGGAGGGCCUUCUUCUGGUUUAGCCUCGACAUGGGAAUCCAUGAAGACAGGUUUUCAAAGUUUCAAGGCAAACGUAGGGGCCAAAAAAUUUCUUCCCUUGCGCCAAAUUCAGGAAACUAAACUUGUCUCUCGUGUUUCCUCAUCCGAGUCUCUUGAUGAGAUAUUUCAGCGAUUGAAACGGCCAUCUGCCAACCAUAAGAGUUAUAGUGACGAGGAUGAAGAUGGGAUUGAAAUUGAUAGUUCCGGCCCCAAUAGAUAAUAUGCGUCUUUUAGUUGGCUUUAUAUUGCAUAGAAGAUGUACAGGACCUGGGUACAGCGGAUUCUGUUGUCCUUACAAGUUUUUGGCUGUUGGAUCCUCCAAUAUAACUGAAGCCUGGGAGGAUUAACUGCCAUACUGAAAUCCAUGAUACAUUUUAUCUGCUGCUAAGUUGAAGGACUUGGACAUAAUACGAAAGGAAAGAUGUAUAUGUUCGGUUUUGAGUUAAGAAAGGGAAAGAGAACAUACGGACAGAGAAGCCUCUGUAUUUUGUUAAAAACUUAUUUCGUUAUUCGAAUGUACAAUUAAAAACAUUUGCAUUUGCUUCCCCUGCUCUGCUGGAAACGCGUGCAGUACUUUCUCGGGGUUGAACUGAUCAUUUUGGUGGCGCAUAUUUCACGUAUCCGACUUGGAUAGAUAAUAAAUGUCAUGUAUCAGCACAA